GUACCAGCAUCAGUACCGCUACUGGUACCUCCUCAACCGGGACCUAAACCUAUCAUGGAAGCCGCACGACUGGCAUCCGACCAACAAUUGGUACCUUUCAGACAGGAGGCCUUAAUGCAAUUUUUAAAGGUCUUUUUUGUGUUUUAUAUGUACACAUCACCUUGCGUCGCAGACAUUCUAAAGCCCUGGAGCUCAGCUGUCUACUGUGGGUUUCGAGUAGACUGCGAGCAGCCUCUCUUUUUCUUCAGAUUUAGUAAGGGGAGUGCACGCGCGCGCAAGCGUUGAGCGGCGAGACCGCGAGACGCGAGAAACGAGGGCGGCAGCCUGAGAAGCCUCUCCCGUCUCACGCCUUCACUCACGCGCGUGGUCAUUUGCGUUUCUCGGGCGUUUUGCUCGACGGACCAGGAAAAAAGAGAGACUGCUUGUAGGCUAGGUUUCGAGUGACAAGUCCGGAUGCAACGCAUAGGGCUUAUAAUAUCUGGAUGUCCAGCUACGUGACUCUAGCCAACUAAUGAGAAAUAAAUGUGGGGUCUUUUUUUACAACGUCAGAGCAACCGACAGAAAGCUACACGGAAGCGAUGAAAACUUUAAUUCCCAUGUAUAAACACUCUUAACCAUUCUUUUCUUGAUCAAUACACCAUAUUUGCUCUGAAGCUGGACGUUUUUAAUGCUCGAAACCUCCAGCUUUUCAGAAAAUCCCUUUACUUUGACUAAGCCGGUCUGUAUACUUAAGUAUAGUAACUCACAAAACCUGCGGAAAAACGUACGUAUCCCCUUCGAUCACAUUAUUUGAUUGUAGGACGGCAAGAUCAGUCACUAUUCUUAUGAGGAGGACUUAAUGAUCAACGACGCCACAGAUGUUAUGAUAUUCAACGAAAAUAAUUGUAACUGCUCAAAGUCACCCCCUUCCUGCGAUUGCUGGGUCCGAGUGAAAGGGCCUUUUUUCCCCAUCAAAGGUAAAUACAUGUAAUGUUAUACGCAACUGAAAAAUCAGUGAAAAAAAUGGUCGUCUGGAUCUGUUGUGAAGUAUUUGAAAAUUAUUUUAAGAUCUGGGACGUCUCACCUUUUAAGUUUCGUUUUUGUUUCAUCAAGUGGGUCAAGGUUAUAUAGUCUUGAUUUUCUCCUCGUACUGUUUUCCUGUUGGUCUUUUCCUUAAUGCUAUUUUAGGAAUCUUCUUCGCUUUCCAUUAUCAGAUGUUAGUUUCUCGAAGGUGGUCGUGUUUGUGAUGAUAGAGCUGACCUUGGUUCAUUCGUCUCGUUGUAGUUCCUGUUUGGGUUUAGUUAAUCAGCGUUUAAGCUUUUCAUUGGUUUGUAGCUUCUUGCCGAUCGCAACCAUGUAGUCAGUAAUACCAACACAUUAUCCAAACCAAGUUCACCUUGAUUUCAUUCCCAUGGAGUCAGUUAACCCAAACAUGUCCAGCUUUGGCUAUAAAAACGCUACUAUACUUGAACUAGUUUAAAAAGAGUUAGAAGAGUGAGAAGAUUAAGAUUGUUAGCAGAAGUCAAAGACGAAUAAAGACCAAGAUGUAAAUCAGAUCCCUGCUCGAACCACCCCCACACUUCUAUACAGUCGUCACCCGACGCUCCUCCUCCAGCAAGAGUUAAAGGGGGAGUAGUUUGUUUUAUACAAGUCAUUGAUUGAUUGAUUAAUGACCAUUAAUUGAUACUUUCAUUCAUUCAUUGGGCCUUGAUUGAUUCACUCUGUCUUUCGAUUUUACAUUCAAAGCUGAAAUUUAUGUUUCUUAACUGAGGCACUUUUUAAAUGAUUUUCUUUCAGCCUGUAUCCAUGCAGACAUAGAUGAAUCUUUCUUGGUAAGUCAGCAAAAACACAGCUCAUUAUAAAACUUAAACAGUUUAACCUUUUUCCCAUAUACUGAAAUAAUGUUCAUUGAUUACGCAUGGUUUAGGCGUGACCUUUAAAAGUGGAAUUUCAAGAUAGGUGUGUGAGAAUUGAAUCACGAAAGUAUUCUCAUUUGGGGUGGACCUAAGUUGUCUGCGUCCACUGAAAAUGGGUGAUCGGAAUCCUGCUAUCAAAAAGCCUUUUCCCAUCAGACAUAUUUACCAAGGGUCAAAUCCAAGAUACAUCGAUGUUCAACCAUGCUACGGCUAGUAUAUUCUGAAACAAGAAACAACUAAAUAAUACUCUCUUGUUUUCAACUAUAGCAGUGAUUGGUUAAGACCAAAAUCAUGACACGUCACAACCGGAAUAUAUGUUUCUAGGAAUAAGUAGUAUAUUGAGCUAAUUUGUUAUAUAGAGGCAGCCUUGACUUUUGGCCAAUCAAAUGAUACCUCUUUAGCUUCGCCCAGAUUGGCACCGCCUGCCGAAAGCGCUCGAUAGACCUCAAAAAAGGUCGAGGUUAAACACCUCAGUUACACGAGCAAGGUUCCGAAAAAUUAUCCUUGGAAAGUUUUAUUAGUAAAUAGCGAACAUUUUUUCUCGACGGUUACGUUGGGAAAAACUGAAAAAAAAACUUACUAUGCGCAAAAUAAAACAAGCAGCCUAAAAAGGCCAGGGGCGCAAGUGUAUCCUUGCACGCCUGAUUUUCUGCCUGCUAUAUUUCGGACAUUUGUACUUACUUGUAAUCCGUUCUUUUUCCUUUCAAAUGAUUUACUGAAUUUUCAUUCUCUUAUAUCAUAUUAUCUUAUAUCAUAUUAGGGGUUUAACUUAUCGUUAACGAUAAAUGACUGGAAACUUUUCGAGAUGCACAUCACCGGUGAGUAUAGCUUUGUCAUAGACAAGUGGAUUCAUUUGUUUUCAAGNAAGUGUAUCCUUGCACGCCUGAUUUUCUGCCUGCUAUAUUUCGGACAUUUGUACUUACUUGUAAUCCGUUCUUUUUCCUUUCAAAUGAUUUACUGAAUUUUCAUUCUCUUAUAUCAUAUUAUCUUAUAUCAUAUUAGGGGUUUAACUUAUCGUUAACGAUAAAUGACUGGAAACUUUUCGAGAUGCACAUCACCGGUGAGUAUAGCUUUGUCAUAGACAAGUGGAUUCAUUUGUUUUCAAGAGAUCUUAAAGCUGGCUCCUUGAAUAACCAGUAUGAGUAUUAGUACUUAGCCAUUAACGGAUCAGCGUAAUUAUGGUAGAAAGAAUUUAAUAUGCAAAUCUAGGAGGAUGUUAUCCACACUUGGUGGAUAACACUGCGGAAGAUGAUCCUCCUUGAUAUACGUCACAUCACACCAGAGUUGAAUGACCUGAUGAUGAGUAUUAUGAAGAAUUCAGCAUAAAGUUUCAUAUCAUACGAAAGCGGAAUCCAAUAAUUGUUUUACCAUUAAUUCAAAAUACUUCUAAGCUCAAAACGUGCAUGCUUCCUCCUGCUAUGUCACUCUUCGAGUAAAAGUUCUUGCCUUCAAAACAUUUGCAUCCCUUUGGGCGAGGGGUCACCCUUUUUUCUGGGCACAUCAGGGUCAGUCAGGAUAUGAUGGGAUGUUUAUUGUUGUAGAUAGUCUUCAUAUUAUAACAGUUUUCGUCUGUCGGGCGGUAUUUUUGCCUUUUUCUGAUGUUCUCAGUUUAAGGGAGUAGAUCGGCCUUGAAACUAAACUACGCUCUGCAGAGGCCAUGCAAUCAACUGAGGGCCAAAAUUACUUCUUCCGUAUUGAUAUUUGCAAACGUCUUUCAAAUUUGGUCACCGCUAGCUGAUUAAAUUAUAUAAGGCUAUUUAAAAUAAAACAAGCCUAAAAUAAAAGCUUAAUACUUCUUUUUUCUAUUUUUGUUACUUUUAGGAAAGAAAGAGUUUACAAAGUGCGAAGUCCUCAAUAUUCUUGGCACUGACAUGAAAGUGUGUAUCAGGUUGACGGACCUGUCACUACGCCCAGGACAUAUUGGCGGAUGUGUGGAUAUCAUCAUCCCCGAAAUGCAACUGGAAGAGCGUUUGGGAUGUUUUUUCAUGAAUCGCCUGGGUAUAAGGAAAUAGCUAGCCUAGGGUAGAACGCGAUAGUCAUCGAAUGUUCUUGAAAUCGGAGACUUGUCAUGAAGUUAUAUAGCGGCUCUUACGACUUAAAACAAAAUUAGAAUCGGCCAAUAUUGUUUUGAAUAUUUAGUAAUUUGAAAUGGAACAUUUUAAAGAGUUUUAAGGGGGAUGAUUAAUGCAUAAAUAAAGUUAGCUUGGUUGCUUUAAGAAAUAAAAUUAUAUUAAACAACACUGUUUUCGGAUUUGAGGCCACUGAGAAGUUUGUUGUUUGUUUGUUCUUGCCGUCAGCACACAAUGAAGAACUGGUGUUUGAGCUUGGUCAGCCCAUAGGCUUUUCAGGAUAUCUAUAGCAGACGGGAUAUUGACUGUCAUAUCUGUUGUAGCACGCUGUACACUGGUCCAUGUUAUAAUUAGAGUGGUAUUCACUUCACCCUCCCCGUGUCUAGUUGAAAGCGAUGUCGAGCCCCACUCCCUCUUCUCUAGUCAGGUCCUUUUGAUCGACUCUCCUGAUCUCGCGAUCGUGAAGCGCGCAUGUUUUCCACAAGGGGCCAGUUCCUGGAAAGACUAUUAG